UUCGAUGCACUCAAUUAUGUCAGAUCUGGCCACACUGGGCCACACUGCUCAUACAACAUUAUGGCACAGUUAAAGUAGAGUUCAACGUAAAGACAUUAUUUAUGUUGAUAUUUUGCGUUAUUUAAUCUUUAUUAUUAAAGUUGGCACAAUGAAAAUUGCGACUAAUUGGAAUGAUGGCAACAACCAAUGAGUUUGGCCCUGACUCUGGAGGCAGGAUAAAGGGAGUUACAAUAGUAAAGCCCAUAGUGUAUGGUAAUAUAGCACGUUACUUUGGUAAAAAGAGGGAAGAGGAUGGUCACACUCAUCAAUGGACAGUGUAUGUUAAACCAUAUCACAACGAAGACAUGUCUACAUAUGUAAAAAAGAUUCAUUUUAAACUGCAUGAAAGCUAUAAUAACCCAAAUCGUAUUAUGACAAAGCCACCUUACGAACUUACCGAAACCGGUUGGGGAGAAUUUGAAAUUGUGAUAAAAAUCUAUUUUCACGAUCCCAAUGAACGUCCUGUAACUAUAUAUCAUAUAUUAAAACUUUUCCAAACAACACCAGACAUACAAUUAGGUAAAAAGAGUUUAGUCUCUGAAUUUUAUGAGGAAAUUGUUUUCCAAGAUCCAACAGCACUGAUGCAGCAUUUAUUGAAUUCUAGCAGACCUAUAACUCUUGGUGUCUGGCGUCAUAAUACAGACUUUGAAGCUAAGAAGGAAUCUACAAUGAAAGCGGUAAUGGAGGCAAGAAACAAAAUAAGACUGGAAGUUAUAGACCUUAAAGAAAAAUUAACAUUAGCAAAAGAGACUAUUGCUAAAUUUAAAGAAGAGAUUGCUAAGAUUUCAAAGGCUGGUGGAAGUUUGUCUGUCGCGUAAUUAAACAAUUAUCAAUAUUCUCAAUAAUCUUUGUAAGAUACAUCAGUUAAAUACUGAAAAAUAGCAACUUUCUAUUACCAAUUAAGAUGUAAAUAGUUCCACUACGAGAUGAUUUUAAAUUUAAUAAGAUAA